AUGGCGUCAGAGGCGGCGCCAGGUCAGCUCGGCGCGCGAUGGACUCCUCCGGGAGGUGGCGCUGACGGGAAGGCGGGAGGGAGUAGCGGCGGUAGUACUGGUGGUGGUCUGCGUGUGAAUAACAGCCUGUGCAACGAGAAAGUGCCGUUCGUUCCGCAAAACGGACGACGAGUCACGUGGUACAUCUGCGGUCCUACAGUGUACGACUCGUCGCACAUCGGCCACGCGCGAACGUAUCUCUCCUUCGAUAUUAUCCGCCGCAUUCUUGAGGACUAUUUCGGGUAUGACGUGUUCUAUGUGAUGAACGUGACUGACGUGGACGAUAAGAUCAUCGUAAGGGCCAGGAGGGAUUACCUCAUCAAGCAGUACCUCCACGCCACGUCAGAUGCCGCCCAGGUCUUGGCAGACACGCAAGCAGCCCUCUCAACAGCAGUGGAGAAGCAACGGGGUGUGGUAGAGGGGUUGAAGUCGACAGCUGAGGGGGAGAGCAACGAGAAGAAGAAAGAGACGCUGCUGCAGCAGGCCGCACAGGAGGAGCUGAAACUGCAGCAGCUGGAAGGGGCGGCGAAGGCCGUCUUGGAGCGGCUGGGCCCAGCGUGCGUGGCGGCUGGCGGGCGGCGAGGUGUGUCUCUUGUGCUGGGACGGCGGGGCGAGGAGGUGGAGGCGAAGGAGGGGGGGGCUGUGGGUGACGAGGCACGAGUUAAUGGCACAGCAGCCGAUGGGGCUGGGGCAGCAGCAGAUCGGGACGCAGCAGCAGCAGAUGGGGACGCAGCAGCAGCAGAUGGGGACGCAGCAGCAGCAGCAGGUGAAGCAGCAGAAGGUGACAAAAUAGCAGCAGAGGCGGCAGCAGAUGCACUGGCAGCGUCGUUGGAUGCGAAGCUGAAGGCGACUGUCACUGAUGUCUCCAUCUUCAGACGCCUGGCUGCCAAGUACGAAGUGGAGUUCUUUGAAGAUAUGAAGGCGCUUGGAGUGCGGCCACCUCACGUGCUGACACGUGUCACAGAGUACGUGCUGAGAUGGCACGAGUACGUGCUGAGAUGGCACGAGUACAUCGACGCUAUUGUGAACUAUGUGGACACGAUCAUUAAGAAUGGCUGUGCGUAUGCCACCAAUGGCAGCGUCUACUUUGACACCAAGGCCUUCAAUCUUUGCAUAUGCUUGCCAUCAACAGGAGAGUCUCCUUCCCCUCUCCUCUCCCCCCCAUUCUCCCCUCUCCCCCCCACCCUCCUUCCCCUCCCUUCACCUCCAACCCACUACAGGGAGUCAGGCCACAUGUACGGGAAGCUCUGCCCGUGGUCCGUGGGCAGUGCUGAGCUGGCAGCAGAGAGCGAAUCAGACUUUGCCACGUCAGAGAAGCGCAACCGCAGCGACUUCGCCCUGUGGAAGGCCAGCAAGGCCGGCGAGCCAUCGUGGCCGUCGCCUUGGGGCGAUGGACGGCCAGGAUGGCACAUUGAGUGCUCAGCCAUGGCCUCAGAUAUCGUUGGGUUCCCCAUGGACAUUCACUCUGGGGGCAUGUGGCAUGUGAGUGGGAAGGGGGAGUCUGGGAGGGAGGGGAGUGAGGGGAUGGGGGGGGGAGUGGGGGGGUUGCUGAUGCUAGUGGGUCGUCGUCACCUUCCUUCCCUUCCACCCAACCCUUCCGAUCUUCACUGUGUCACGCGCCUCGCCCCCCACCUCCCCCCCCACCUCGCCCCCCACCUCGCCCCCCACCUCCCCCCCCACCUCGCCCCCCACCUCGCCCCCCACCUCCCCCCCCACCUCGCUCCCCACCUCGCCCCCCACCUCCCCCCCCACCUCGCCCCCCACCUCGCCCCCCACCUCCCCCCACCUCCCCCCCACCUCGCCCCCCACCUCGCCCCCCACCUCCCCCCCCACCUCGCCCCCCACCUCGCCCCCCACCUCCCCCCCCACCUCGCCCCCCACCUCCCCCCCCACCUCGCCCCCCACCUCCCCCCCCACCUCGCCCCCCACCUCCCCCUUACCCGAUACCCCAAUACCCCCCUUACUAGCGACCUGCGGUUCCCCCACCACGACAACGAGUUGGCACAGGCGGAGGCGUUCCACAGGUGUGGGCAGUGGGUGAACUACUUCCUGCACGCGGGCCACCUGCACAUCGAGGGCCUCAAGAUGUCCAAGUCGCUAAAGAACUUCAUCACCAUCCGCCAGGCUCUAGAGAAGUACAGCGCGCGCCAGUUCAGAUUGCUCUUCUUGCUGCAGGCCUGGGACAAGCCAAUCAACUAUGGGGAGGGUGCGAUGGCAGAUGCGGUGGGGAGGGAGAAGCAGCUCAGAAACUUCUUCCAGACCGUUCAGGCUGAGAUUCGGGCAGCGGGCGAGCAGGGUGAGGAGGCGUGGAGCGAGUUGGAGAAGACUCUGAAUGCUGCUGUGGCUACAGCACAGGCUGAGGUCCGCGCUCGUCUAGAGGACAACUUUGACACGGCGGGAGUCAUAGCAGCGCUUUUCGACCUCAUCUCAGCCACCAACGUGUACCUCAAAGACACAUCCGCCAAGAAACGCCGCCCGCGGCCGCUCCUGCUGCAGUCUGCCGCCCAGUUUGUCUCCCGGAUCCUGCAGGUCUUUGGUCUGCUAGACUCGAGUCUGGAUUCGUUCGGCAUGACAGCAGGAGGAGCGGCAGCUGGGGCCCAGGGCGAGCAAUCCAAAGAGGCCAUCGUGGUGCCCUACAUCCAAGGCUUCUCAACGUUCCGUGACGAUGUGCGGGCAGCAGUGCGCAGAAACGCCACCAAGGAUGAGCUUCUAUCUCUCACCGAUAAGGUGAGGGACUAUGCGAUGGUGGACCUCGGGAUUCGCUGCGAGGACCGGGGCGGCGCGGGGGCAGAGGCAGCGGUGGUGAAGCUGGAUGAUCCCAAGGUGCUGCGAGCUGAGAGGGAUGAACGGAUCGCCAAGGCUGCUGCUGAGGCCAAGCGGAAACUGCAGACGAAACUGGCGGCCAAGGAGUGGGGAGUGGGGAGUGGGAAGGAGGGGAGGCGAGCAGCGGUGGUGAAGCUGGAUGAUCCCAAGGUGCUGCGAGCUGAGCGGGACGAGCGGAUCGCCAAGGCUGCUGCUGAGGCCAAGCGGAAACUGCAGACGAAACUGGCGGCUAAGGUGAAGGGCUUGGAGCGGUGGCAAUUCGCCUCUGUGCCUCCUGCAGAGAUUUUCAAGAAAGUGGUGGACGAGUACAGCACGUGGGAUAAGAAGGGCGUGCCCAAGGGAGAAGGGAGAAGCACUUGUGUGAAGGACUUGGAGCGGUGGCAGUCGGCAUCUGUGCCUCCCUCUGACAUCUUUCGGAAAGCGGUGGACAAGUAUAGUGCGUGGGAUGACAAGGGCGUGCCGACUCAUGACAAGGAUGGCAAAGAGCUUUCAGCUAAAGCCAAGAAGGGAGUGGACAAGGAGCUGAAGAAGGCAGAGGAGGCAUUUGGCAAGUACCAGCAGACAGUCGUUCUCGUCCUCCCACUCGGCCUCCCAUCACUCACUCUCUCGCCCUUUCUCCCUCUGCACAUCCCUCCACUCGCCCAUGCCUACCAGGGUGUGGACAAGGAAUUGAAGAAGGCAGAGGAUUCGUUUGCCAAGUAUCAGCAGAAGGUGGGAGAAGAUCCCGGGUUCCUGGACUCGCUCAGAGAGGAGGUUGCCAGGCUGGAAGCUGAGCUGGCAAAGUGA